GUUGACGGUGUGUAUUUCCGGCUCGGAGCAGCAGCCUGUCUUAACUCAGCUUUAAACGGCCGAUUUGUGGCUUGAUCCGUGGAUGAGCUGCAGAGUCAUAUGAACCGGAUCAUGGCAUAAACAUGGCCCAUAAUAGAAGCUUUUUUCUCGAAGCUCUGGAUCGAUCAGAGACCAGGAGAGAUGGAGGCUUCAAGCACAGCUGGGGCUGUUCUCUUCAUGCAGACACUGAAGAGGAAAAGACUCACCAAGCGAGCGUGCUGAGCGUGGAGGACAUGCAGCGGCACCGGCCCGCCUCCCCGCAGGACGGGAAGUCUCCUCACUUCAGGAACUUCAGCCCUGGGUCCUCCAGGACCUACGAGAACAGGCCCAACCACAACCUGGGGUCUGGGAGCAAGCUGGGUCCUAAAAGACUCGGAGACGUCCCACUCGCAGCACCGACAUCCUCCCCCAUGUCCUCCAGGAAUGACUACAUGAUCUUCAGUCCAGCUCUUCAUCAAGGGAUCGUCAUUCAGGGACGGCACUUUCAGCACGCCCAGGUUCCCACGAGCAUCCGAAAACCACUCCAAAGGAAUGACCUGUCCUCAACACAGCAAGUUGUAGAAGUGGACAGCAUUGUCCUCACCUGUCCAGAAGUCCCAGAGGAUACUCCAAUCAUUAAACGUCGAGUUCAGCAGAAGAAGAAACCGUUUGAUGACAACUGUGUCUCUUCUCAUUUCAAAGUAACCGAGGAGCCUGUCCAGCCAGUGGUUUACCCCAUGGUGUGCCAGCGGUGCAACAAGCCGAGCCAGGACAGGUUCAAGUGUCAGAGCUGUGAGACCGGGUCAUCUCUGCUGCCCCCUCAGCAGGCCACGUCCUCGUCCCCGACCCCUCGACCCCCCCUCAGACCCCAACCGUACCCCGGACUAAUCAGUCUUCAGCAAAGCUUCUACAAACCCGGCUCGGCUAUGAGGGAACCUCUGCCGGUACGGAUCACGACCAGCAAGGGGACCCUGUCCCCUCUGGACAAUAGCAGGACACCCCUGUUAGCUGGAAUUGGGACCACCACCAAAGGAAGGAGGGCUCAGAAACAUGAGCUGAACGACCCCAUCGUUCUGUCCAGCGAUGAGGACGAGGAAGCCGAAAACGCCAGCACAGGAAGUGUGAACCGAUUGGACAGUGUUUCCCCGCGACCCGCUGACUCCGCCCACUCUUCUCCAGCGCCCUCUGGAGGCAAAGUGGAGACAGCGGUGAAGAGCACAGACGAACAGGAAGAACUGAACAGCGAGUUCUUCAAAGAUGUCAGCAUGAAGAUCACCAUACCUCGGAGAGCCCGGAUGAAAGAUCAGUUUGGAAAUGAGCCUCCUGAGCUGUCUUUACCGAGGACAAAAAAACCCAAAGUUGCGGUCAGCGGGUGUAAAAGCAUCAUCCUGGAGUGUCGGAGCGUCAGAAUAGGAACUCUGCGCCGGAUUGUGAAGAGGCCUGUUAUUUUUUCUAUAGAUCACAUCCAGCUGGAAACUGAAGGCUCUGAGUGUGGCACCGUUGAGAAGGUUUGCCUUCAUACGUCAGAGCUGAUCAGCUGUGAGUGGUGCAGCGUCCGCAAACUUCCUGUCCUCUUCUUCCAAACCACGGUAGACGAGUGCGUCCGGCUGCGCUCGCAGCUACAGAUGUCCAGAGAGGAAGGAGGCGUGUGGUACGACUGCACAGAGAGCACUGAGAUGGAUGAGAAGUACAUCGUUCUCAUCUUAGAGAACGGCCUGGUGAUGAAAGAACAGGUGAUCCUGGAGGAAAUCCUGCAGCUCAUCGGCAGGACCAACAACCUGAGCGACUUCCCCACCAAGCUGACCUUCGACGAGGCCAACAUCCGCCUGGUCAACUACAACAAGUCGUCCUCACACAAGUGGGAGAAGACAAAGCCGGCUCAAAACACCUCCAAGAUUUCUGCGGGAGCCGCCGCCCUCAUGUCGACACGCACACGCAUGGCCACUCGGCAGCAGACCAGCACCUUCUUUAACGACGAUGACGAGGACAUGACGGACCUGCAGCCCACCUUCUCUGGACCUGUUAUCAAGUUAAUGGUGUAUCCCCCGCCUCCGGCCAAAGGUGGGAUUACAGUCACUAAUGAAGACCUUCACUGCCUUAAUGAUGGAGAAUUCCUUAACGACGUUAUCAUAGACUUUUAUUUAAAAUAUUUAGUUUUGGAAAAGUUGAAAAAAGAAGAUGCACAAAGAAUCCACGUGUUCAGCUCCUUUUUCUACAAGAGACUGAACCAGAGAGAGCGCAGAAAUGGCUCAGACACCACCAGCGUGCCAAUCCAGAAGAGGAAACACAACAGGGUGAAGACCUGGACUCGACACGUGGACCUGUUCCAGAAGGACUUUAUCUUUGUUCCCAUCAACGAGUCGGCUCACUGGUACCUGGCAGUCAUCUGCUUCCCGGGCCUGGAGGGUCCAGUGUAUGAGAAGAACCCUCUGUACCUCGACCCGACACUGGCCCCGGGUUCUGCUAUAGAACCGCAGUCAGAGGAGAACAUCCCGGACCACUGCCGGCCCCUGUCCCCAGAUGUGGACGGGCUGGACAACCUGUCGGACCAGCUUGAGGAGCCUGCAGAGGCCGACUGUGACCCCCUCUCUGAAAACCCAGAGGGAGCCCAGGAAGCUGCGGGUCACAGCCAGGCCGAGCCGGAGCAGCAGUACAGCAGCGAGCUGCACAGAAUCAGUGUUUGUUACGGCUCAGGAAGAGACGACGACACCUACACCUUCUCUGACGACCAGAGCUCCUGUCAG